AUGCAAGUGUAUACUACUGCACUUGGCACGUAUCGUGACUACAUUAACAAACAAAAUACGGGGAAAAACGGUGGUUUGACGUGGUUAGGACACGAUUUCUCGGGACCAGGUAAUAAAGUUGCAAAUGAAAAAAACGAAUUUAUUGCUGAAAGCCUGCCAACAAACGAGAUAGACUGGAUAGCUUUAGAACACGACGUUCAAUAUCAUAAUGCAGGCACGGGUAACAUUGAAGAAAUAGGAAAUUACGAUCUGCAAGCAGCUAACAGGUCGUUGAACGUAAAAAAUUCUAAUUUCGGCGGUAAAUACGCAACGGCUCUUGGCUUGUAUGCAAAACAUUUUUUGGAAAGGACUUGGCAAGGAAUAACCGGAAAUUCAAAAGCUCUAUAUCCUAAUUCAGAAAAGCCUGCUCAACCUAUAGAUUGGUUUACCAACGCCAAAACAAGACGUAAAGAAUUGCCAUUGGAGUCACAUGUGGAAGAGAAUUCCGAAAGAACAAUGUCCGGAGCAGAACGAAGUGCAGCAGGAUCUGGCGACAAACGUACUACUGAACAAGCUGGUCUCGAUACUGGAGGAACUUCAGAAAAAAAACCAAAUUAUGGAACGGCAGAAGCCCUCACUGCUAGUACGACUAUUCCGGGUAUCGGUCCUAACGCUGACGCUGGUAACGCUUCUGCUGUCGAUAUGUUACACAUGGUUAUACCUCGACCCAUUGAUGAUACAAAAAAUAAGUACUUGGUUUUUUCAAAAAAUCAUGAAUUUUUAUCGUAUGGAAUACAAUGGAAGCCUAUUAAACAUACUGGCAACUCAUUUUGGGGAACAACAUCUCUAGCGGAAAUUCCAGUGGACAGGUGUCAUUUGUACCUAACAUCGGACGAAAUAAAAAUAUUACCACCGGGCAGUUACAUUGAUAAGGUAAUGUGUAAAGUUAUUUUGCGGGGCGCUCGAACGGCUUAUGAAACGGCUACAACACAAUCAGAAUUGGCCACAUUAAAUCAAAAUAAAUGGGGAGUUUACGCUGUUGGAUUGAACAAAAAAGUUCCAGGAGUGACAAAAAAGUACACUACAGUGGCUUCUAAUUCUAUGGAACCACAGGAUGUUAAAGAUUCAGCACCCGAUUCGUACUCGAAACAGCACGAUGCUUGGUAUUCCAGUACGAGUAAACCUCAGGACACACUACCUUGUAGUUUCAUGAAUUUGCCAACUGUUUUACAAAAUUAUUUUACAUUGUAUACGGAUACGGGCGCACAAAGUGGGUAUCAGUGGCCCCGAUUAAACAGACACAUAAAUAAAUUUGACGCAAAUGCUGCUGUUGGCACCGUUAUAGUCAAUUACGAAUAUAGUCCCAAAAUUGGUCUUUUGAGACGACCGUUAAACAGUUAUCAAACUUACUAUUGGCCAGACACCAGUAAUAGUAAUUAUUUUCAAUGUGAACAAGCUAUUUUUGCCCGAGCGGGUCGGCUGUUUUGA